AUUCGUAUCGCAAGAGGAAGCGGGCGUUCGCAGUGAAAGCAAGUGUUCUUACAAGUGCAGGGAAGGGAGGAGUCCGGAGCCGCCGGCGCCUCGGUCUGACAGUAUCUCCGGUUUCGGGUUUGGGUCGGAACGUCUUUUCUUAUCAGGUCUGCAUAGCUUGUCUGUUUCAUAACCUCAACAUGUUAUUGUUUAAACACAAGGUUUUAACAUGAAUGUGAUACUUAAAGAGAUAUUCAGAUAGUUUAACAGAAGUAUAUAUUGACUGGUGAAAGUUAGUGAGCUGCCAGGAAUAUAUAUAUAUAUAUAUAUAUAUAUAUUAUUAGAUUAAUAUUUCAAGUUACAGCGAAGUGCUCACUUAUAUAUUUAAAUAUGUCAUAGGUUGUUUUUAAUGUGUGUCCCAACAACAGAGAAGAGCAUCAAUAUAAUAUACACUGCUUUCAAGCUCAGGUUUUUAAAGAAGAUAUGGUCUUAUUCACACUUUUUUUUUUAAGUUCCAAUAAAAGCCAAAAACAGUUUCUGGACGAUUUGGAUUUCCCAAACGUUGUCUGCUUUUGUGUCUCCUGAUGUUUUGUGUGUUGGGGAAAUAUUUUAGUUAGUAGGAUGUGUAAAGUUUGAGGGGUAAGCUGCCGCCGCUGCCAUUCAUUGAUUGGCUCAGACAAUGGAUCCUUUUUUUUUUGUUUUGUUUUUUUUUGUUUUUUUGUUCGUGUUUGUAACAGUCAAAAGAAAAAAUACCUUCAUCACCUGUAAAAGGGUUACUUUCACAUUCAGUCUAUCCAAGACUCUGCUGCUGCUGUUCCUUUAUACAGGCUUAUAGAAAUAUACAUAUAUAUAUAAAUAAAAUGUUGGUACUCCUCUGAUAAUAAAAUAAAAAAACUCAUUAAUCACUAAAAUAACUUGACAAAAUGAUUAAAAAUAUAGCAAUAAAAAUUGCUUUUGAAUUUUUGCUGGUUACUUUAGUGAACAUUGUGGGUGUUUUUGCAUUACCAGAGGAGUAUGAAUACAUCUUACAAACGUAUAUAUGUGUGUAUACUACAUAUAAUGUCAAAGUUGCCUCUUCUUGCUCUAAAAUGUCUUCUGUUUACUUUCUUUGACAUUUCUGAAGAGGAACCUGAAUAUGCAAUAGAAAAGACAGACAAACAAUCAUCAUGAUGCAGCGUAGUGCUCUACUGCUCUUUUCUUUUUUUUAUUUUAUUUCAUAAUAAACACAAAAUAAGCUACUCACAGGAGAUACAUUUAAGUGUUAUCUCUUUGGUGAGAUUUUUACGAUGUUCAGGAUAGUAGUCACCAGUUGACCCGGACUGCUCCCACACAGCCUCACGUUGAUCUCUGACUACACGGCGACCAAAGCUAACAGACUCAUUUUAACUCCGCCUUUUUAAGAAAAUAAAAAAGAAAAGGAGGUGCGGGCUCUAAGGUUACAAAUGUACAGUUUUUUUUUUUUUUUUAAUCAAACACUUUUUUAACACAUCAAAGCUUUGGUCAAGUCAUGUAAUACUGUGAAUAGAAUAGAACCCUGUUUUUAUCAUACACAAACUGUUUGUGAAAGUAAUCAACCAGCUUGAAUCAAAAAAGAAAAAAAACUUUUGCACUACCCAAAUAUUGUUUGAAAAUCUAUUUUGUAUAAAACAUAUGCAGACUUUAAGAAAAACAAAGGGCGGAUCAUGUUUCACUGGUGUAUGUAUGCUUUCUCUAUAAAGCGCUUUUUUUGUUUCUUUGUUUUUGUUUUUUGUGUUUUUUUCUUGCUAAAACAAGUUGGAUCUGUACAUAUAAUCCAUUGUAAAGAAACUGCGGUGUAUUUGUCUCCAGAUAAGUUUUACAGUACCCCCCCCCUGUAUUUUUCUCCUCUAUAGUGUGACUCUCGUUGAUCUUUUGCGUCAUUGAUUAAAGUUUGAACUGUAUGUGUUUUUGUGUGGUACUUUUUCGGCAUAAGGAACUGUAAACUGGUGUUUUUUCUUAAUACUAACUCGUGAAUCUGAACGGUGGACAUGGUAAGCUCAUUGUAAGCCACUUCUCCAUCUUUGCAGCACUUGUUCAUCAAAUAAAAAACUUUUUUUUUCCAUUCUGACGCUGUUGUCGUGAAAUUGACCAUAAAACUGGACGAUAAUCCAAUAGAUUCUGCAGUAUUAUGCUCAUCAUCAUAUCAUUUUUAAAAAUUAAAGAAAAGGUGUUAUUAGUGCAGUAAAUAUUAAUUGACUUCCCAAGUCUCUAAAUGUUCUUUCUAGAAGACAGUAAGGAGCCUUUUCUCAUGAGCGCCGCUGUAAACAUCUGCUGUUGACAUCUGGUUUCAACACCAUCUUUCAUCUCGUCUCCAUCACUGCUGGAAAAGCAUUCGCCCAGUUUAAUUAAAAGAUCAUUAUCACUUAGUUCCUCUCAUCCUCACUGAGAAGCAAAGAAGACUAUGUGCUUCAUUGGUUCUCAAAUGGGGUCAUUAGAUUAUUUUUAAAAAAUCAUAAUUUGCUAUUAAUACACAUUUCAUAUUUCUACUGUCUAAUGCUAUUUAAAAUGCUAUAUAAAAUGUAAGCAUGGCACUUUUGUAUGUGUUUUGAAACCAUGUAAGAGCUGCAGAUGUUUCUUUUUGUCAUUUAAGUUUGCCAUUUUUCUCUAAAACGUAGUAAAUAAAUACUAAUAAAUGCUAUCUUUGUAUUGUACAGGGGUCUCCAACCCCAUGAGUCACCUUUAUCUCUCUGUUGUGGCUCUAUUUGAAUAAGGUUCAGUUCUUUAGAAAACCUGCAACAUUUUGAACACAUUACACUCCCACCACCAUGCUUCACAAUAGUGAUGGUAUUUUGUUUGUUGACAAUGUAGAUUUUCCAUUAAACACAAGUCAAAUAGAGUAUUAUAUAUAUAUAUAUAUAUAUAUAUAUAUAUAUAUAUAUGCUUGGACCUCUGCAGUGAUGGCUUUUUUUAACCCCAUCAAUUAAGAAAAAAUGAUUUUUACAGUUACAAAAUAACAGAAACAAAAAUGACAACCAGUUUAAAAGCUGUGUAUCUAUUUUUUAAUUAGAAUUAUCUAUAUUUCCCUAAAAUUUGAUCAAUACUAUCUUUGUGUAGUUCAGGAGUCUGCAAAAUGACUCUUCAGAGCCAUAUGCAUCCCCUCUAUACCCUCUAUUGGCUGCUUGACUUUGUAAAAAAAAAAAAAAAACUCUUGAUUUGAAGAAAUAUCAAAUUAUUUAAGUUUAACGGUUAUUCUGUUACACUUCAGUGUCUGGUUGUAAUUCAGAUGCUAAGUUUUUAUCCAUAAUUGCAUUUACAUGUUUAUAUUUAAGCAGUUUUAUUCCACACCAAUAUUGUCAUGUAUACUUUUGGUAGUAAAUUAAGUAAAAAGAAUGAAGAUGCAUCAAAGUCUCAAUGAUGGUAAAUUUAAUUUUAUUUGAUUUUCUUACAUUUCUUAUUCAAGUCAAUCUCGAAGUUCUUGUUUGACAGAGUGUACUUUAUUUUGAAAGGAACUUGAACGCCCUGCUGUCAAAAGUUAAAAAAAGUUAAGUUUGUUGUUAAUAAAAAAUAUGACUUUUACAGUUGUAUUUUUGUAAAUAUUUAAAAGCUACAAAGGAAUAGCUUGAUAGGAAGUAUUUUUCUGGACCAAAUUGAUAAUUAUUAUUUUUACAGUCUAUAGAUGUUCCAGACCCCUGGAAUGUGUUUGGCUGUAAAAAUAAAAUAAAAACUUGUAUUUGACGAGAAACAUCCGGUUAUUUAAGAAAAUAAAAGACAAGUAAUCGAGAGGAAAAGGUGUUUUAUUAAUCUGAUGGAAUAUGAUGUUGUCGCGGGAGCGCGCUUCAGUAUCAGUGCUCGUUCCCGUUCGGAGCAGGCCCCCCUCCUCCCCUCGGUGAAACCCCCGCACGCUGUGUCACGUAGCCGACUUUUCCUCAGCAGCAUGGCGGAUGCGGAGGCUGCGGAGAUGACCGCAGUGCGGGGUCAGUCCCCGGGCGGCGGCCCGCCUCUGCUGGACUACCGGCGGCUGACCCGGCUCUACUGCCGGAACGGCGGACAUCACCUGCAGAUCCCGCCUGACGGGACGGUGCGGGGCGAGCGGGAUGAGCGGGACGCUCACAUCGUGUUAAAGCUGAAAGCUGUGGACAGAGGUGUCGUCAUCAUCCAAGGAACCGAAUCCCAGCGAUACCUGGCCAUGAACGACGAAGGGCGUUUGUACAGUUCUCCCACAGUAACUGAUGAGUGUUACUUCCUGGAGAAGCUGGAGGAGAACUUCUACAACACGUACCGACCACAGAAGUAUCAGGAUAGCAACUGGUUUGUUGGUCUUAAAAAGAACGGGAAGCCUAAGCUGGGUCCCAGAACCCACAUUGGACAGAAGGCGGUCUUCUUUAUUCCCAGACAGCUAGAAGAAGAUUAACCAUUUUAUAAAAUGCUCAGCUGGGUUGGGAGAGAUGGAUCAAAUCCUGAACUAGGUUCUGUUUAGCUAAAAUAGAUCUGCAGUUUAGAUUAAAAUGUAUGAAGUCAAGGAAUCUAUAAUAGAGAUCAAAACUAACAAAAUUGUGACUUUUUUUUAUAUUUAUCAGUAUAAUUCUUUGUUCUUAUGAAAAAAAGAACAUAUUGAAAAAUGUAGAGAUUAAUAGAAUCAAUUUAUUCUAUAUGAGAUUAUAUUUUAUGAACACUAAUCAUCAAAAGUAGCAUCUAUGUAUCUUAAAGCCAUAAAUUAAAAAGGUUCAGUGUUUUCAUGACCUUUACCAUCAAAUAUAUGACACUCAGAUCAUCAAACAGAUUAUAAUUAAUGUACCAAAGAAAAUUUCAAAAAGAUAUAACUGAUUAAAUGAAUAUAGAAGUUUGCAAACUUGCUUGGUUACACAAAAAUAAUUUUGAGACUUUGCUCUUUCAGUCUUGUGAUAAAUUCUUUUAGCCACGCUGGAGGCCUUCCAGUUCUGUUUGGUAUAAAAGACACUUCAGACGCUGGGCAAGAAAGUUAAAGGUAAAUCGCUUAACAACAUUUGAUGGAUGGCUUAUUUAAGUGACCUUAUGUUUGCACUGAAAAACUAAAGCAUGCAAUUUUGAGAAGAAGCCAAGAGAACAACACAUCAUCUUAGGACCCACAAAGUUUACUAAGAUACUAGUCAGAGAAGAUUAAAUAUGUUCAGUCUUAGUUUUAUAGUGAAAAGGUGUCACAUGAGGGCUUUACUUUGAAAUUCCAUGUUUUUUUUUUGUUUUGUUUUUUUACUUCAAAAUUCCUGCCGACUCUAAAACCUCCAUUUUUUUUAAUUCAAAAGUGGACUUGUACCAUUGUCCUAAUAUGCUUAUGACUUGACUUUUCAAAAUCUAUAAUUUCAGAAAAUAAAAUGAAGAUGAUCACACUACAACCAUGCUGACGGUGUAUGAAACACUCAUUCUUUUGCAGGAAAAUGUCAGCAGCUAAUGAACCUUUUUUCCUUCUGUUUUUCUCCAUUUGUUAAUAACUUUCUUGCUUCUUUAUUCAAAUAGUUUUAUUUUAAAAUAUUAAAUGUGUUUGGUGAUCUGAAUCUGAGAUAGAAAUAGGAAAAAAAUGUAGUACUGUAGCUGUAAAUAUCAGUUGUUGCCAUGUUUGUUUUGUUAACCAUUUUUUACAGCAUUCAUUACAUGUUGUGGUGCUUUAUUAACCCGUCAAGCAAAAUUGAAAACUCAAAGUGUAGCAUGUGUGAUGUAUUACCCCAGGACGGCACUGUGAUCAAUAUCUCUGUAAUAAACAACAGAAGACCAAAA